AGCCAAUAGAAAAGCCAUAUUUUGUUAUGGCGCCAAUGAGAAAUACUUAGCGGUAAUUUUGUAGUAUUUAUUGGUUGUAAUAAAUGGUAAAUUGGUUAAAAGAAAGAGUUCAGUAUGGCUACUGACAGUAUGGGUGGCAAUUCUAGUUGUAAUUUGUCAAGAAAAAGAAGAUGGCUUUCAUCACAAGAUGAAGGAAAGAAAAGAUUAAAUGGAGAGCUGUCUCCAAGAAAGAGAAGGAGAAUGAAAUCAGUUGAAUCUCCAAAUUCAUCUCCACUAAAGAGUCCAUUUGUCUCAGACUCUGAUGAAGCACCUACAUUUAGAACUAAGUCAUUUUAUCGAUCCAAGGGAAAUUCAAAGUUUGCUGCCAUUACUUCUUCCACAAAAGAAAAUCGGCCAUCACCUCUUAAGAAAUUAACACCUCGGAGAACCAGUAGUCGAAUUCAGUCUUUGACAUUGUCAGAGAGUGAGUCAGAUCAUACAGUUUCAGUAAAGACUGCACCAAUUAAGAAAGACAACUUCCGAUCUAAUAGGUUAAAGAGCAUGACAAGUUCUGAUAGUGAAUCUGAGCCCAACUUCGUCAAGGUAUUGCGAUCAAGGUCCAAUAAAAUUACUGAAUGCUCAACUGAGUAUGAUUUCCCCAGUGUUAUUCCCAUUAUUAAAGAUUUGACUAUUUCAGAAAAACGUAAGGCAUACAGUGAAAGUAAAAUAAAUCCAAGAACAAACAGAAAGACAAUAACUCACACACCACCCUUAAAAAAGAAUUCAGGAAAGAAAUUCUUUAGUGCUAAAUGUCCUUUAAAUUCCAAGUCGGUUGGAAGUGCUAGUGUUAUCGUUAGAAAAGGCUUUGAUUUAAAAUUUGUUCCAAGACGUAUUAGUGACCAAUUCUUAAAUGCCAAGUCCAAGAACAAAACUCCCAAAUUGUUGAAUAAAUCCAAAACUUUGAAACAAAAAGAGGCCAGGGCAUUUGUGAGAAAGUUUAGUUCUAAAAAUAUUGACGAAUGUCAUAGUGCUACAGCUACAUGUAUUUCAAAUAAAAAUUUGGAUCAGACUGAAAUUUGUAUGAAUUCAAAUCCAUCUCCAAAAUCGAUAUCAUGUAUUUCUAGUGAUUUAAAAACAACUGUUACAUCAGAAGAAACAACUGAAAUGGUUUCACAAGACUCUGCUGUCGUAAUAAGCAUCUCUAAUGAAUCCUAUGCUGAUUCUGUUGGAUAUUUACCACCUCUCAAGUCACCAGCUAAACCAGAACAGCCUUUUUCCGGUUCCCAGGAUUUAUUUUCUGAUGCUGUGUCAGAUAUUUCAAUGGCCAGUUCAUAUGCUUCUGGACCCUGCGAACGAAAACUUCGAUCUGGGAUCACAUACAGUCCAUCUCAAAAACAAAAUCAGUCCGAUGUUUUGAACAGUCCAUCUCGAAAAAAGUUUCAGUUAGAUAUUUUAGACAGCCCCUCUCGUAGAAGUCUUCGAUUAGAUGCUAUGAUGAAUAGCCCAAGUGCACAAGGGUUAAGAUCAGACACUUUAGAAAGUCCAUUGAAGAGAAAAGUGUUAACCCCAUCUAAUAAAUUGUUAAAUAGUCCUUGGAAAAGUAUUUUAACUUCUGAAUCAAUUUUGAAUAGCCCUGAUAAGAGAGUAUUGAGAUCCGAAAGUCCCUUACGGAAAAAGUUUGCUGAAAACUGCCCACCGGUCAGUCCAGUGAAACAAAUGGGGUGUAAUGUGUCCAGCACUAGUCUUAGUUUGCCAGUCAAAUCGAUGUUUUCAGAUAAACCAUUAUUCUCCAUAUUUGGAACUCCUGAUCAGAGAAAAUCAUUAAAAAAUAUGGUUCCUAAAAGCCCUUCUGUUAAAAGUAUAUCACCAGGUUUGACACCAAAGUUGUCUCCUAAAUUAAAAAAAUUAAUCAAAGACAAGGAUGGUAAAAAUGUUGAACAGUUGAUUUUGGAUGCUGGACAGAAGAAGUUUGGUGCUACAGUUUGUGAUGUUUGUGGUAUGGUGUAUACACAUGCUGAUCCUGUAGAUGAAACAACACAUGCCAAGUUUCAUAUUAGUUUAAUUAAUACACUCAAAUUUACCGGUUGGAAGAAAGAAAGAAUUGUUCAAGAAUAUCCAUUAGAUGGAAGUCGAAUUAUUAUGGUUUUAAGUGAUGAUCCAAAAUAUUCUACUAAAAAAGUUGCUGAUAUCAAUAAGAUAAUGGGACAAGAAUUGGGUUUUCCUGAACAGGCUAUGUCUUUUCAUUCCAAUUACAAGGCAUUUCUUUAUAUAUCGGAGGAGAAGACAAUAGAGGGAUGUUGUAUUGCUGAAAGUAUAAAUGAGGGUUUUCGUGUGAUACCUGAACAGAUUUCAUCUGUACCUGUACCAAAUGAAUGUCAUCAACAGCGACCAUGGUACUGUGAAACAAAAGCAGAGAAAGCCGAUAUUGGUAUCAGCAGAAUAUGGGUUUACAAAUUAGCCAGACAAAAAGGUAUCGGUUCCAGACUGUUAGAUAGUGUAAGAUCAUGUUUUCAUUAUGGUGGAGUUAUAGACAGAAAACAAAUUGCUUUCUCAGACCCCACUCCAGAUGGAAAGAAAUUUGCUACCAAGUAUACAGGCUCACCAGCUUUUCUAGUCUAUAAAUAUACUCGAUAGUGUCUUCAUAUUCUUUUUAGGACUAAUGUAUAUCUAAGAGUAUUUAGCUGUGUUAAUGUUUAUUAAUUAUCUGUAAUAUUUGUAAUCGAGACAUGCUUUCCAAAUUUGUAUACAUAUAUUGUCAUCACCGGUGUCUCUCUGUCCUCCCAUAGACCACAGUUCUUUUCGGAUUAUGUAAAAUGAGGCAUAACAGGUACCUCUAUCGAAAAUUCUGAUUGUUUUGAGUAUUUACCCUACCUAUACAUUCCCGAUUAUCCACCGUCCUUUACUUUCAUAUUCAUUAUGUACAUGUAGUGCUGAACAGAUGAUUUUUAAAACUCCUUGAGAAUGCACAUUGUUGCAUGAGAAAAAAUUCUAUUAAAUUUUGAUAUGUUUGGUUUGUAAAUAUGAAACACCUUCUGCUGAGUUAUCUUUCAGUUCACAUUUCGACAGUUAAUUCUUGUUAUUUAUGUGAUAAAAGAUAAAUUGCUCAAUGGAAUUAUGCAAAGAUAUUUUUCAGAGUUAUCCCCCAUUUUCCAAAAACCUUGUUAACCUGACAGAGACUUUAUUUUUUAAUGGAUUUUUUCGAAUUUGGUUUGAAGAUUUAGGGUCAUGUCGGAGGAUGAACCCUAUCAAUUUUCAGUCAUCUAAGAUUUUCUGUUAAAGAAAUAUAUUAUUUGGAAAAGCUUGUGAACAGGAUAUAGAUUUCAUUUAAGUUUUCCUUUUGCAUAACUUGUCCAACCUUGUGGGUUUUCUCCGGGUCCUUCGGUUUUCUCCCACUGCUAAAAACCCCUAAGUGCUAGCUAAUUAUUGAAAUAAAAUUAAACCAUGUGUUAUUCCCGAAAUGACCUAGUUUGUCGAGUGGAUGUUAAACCCCAUUUCUCUCUCUUUUGAAUAAUCUGCUGUUGCGAAAUAGCUGCUGUGUGGGCAUUUAUCCACACUUUAAGUGACUAUCUUUUUAAAGUAGCUCUAUGGUUUUCAUUGUUGUCCUAAAAAAAAAAAUCAAAUAAAAAUGUAAUUGACAACUGAUUUUAAUCAUAUUGCUAUUAACCCUUUAACAUUUGGUACAUUUAUAUAUUGCUAUUAACCAUGUUUGUUGAAAAUUAUUAUUAUUGUAUAUAUUUUUUAAGAACUUUCACAGUGUUUAUAAGCUAUUAAUAUAUAUAAUUGUUAUUGGAAUAUAUAUAUACAAUGAAUACCUGUGUUGUAAUAUAUAAUUAUAAUUGUUAUUGGAA